AUGACGACUUCCACUGAUGAUCCCGAGGCUGCCGCUCGUGCCACUCUGGCCCUCCUCGAGACCAGGCUCCAUCGGUUGGAAUUUCUGCUCAGUGGUGCGAGUAACAACGAUGGAGUGCCGCCUGCAACCGCAACUCCAAGCGCAGGCAGCGAGACAUUAAGGGCAAAAUUGGAUACCCUCGAGGCUGGACUAGCAAAACUAAAGAGACUGGCUGGAAGCCCAGGGACGGUGGUACGAGACAUUGAACGCUUAGCAUCCACAUAUCCAGAUCUCUUUGCUCCGCCAGUCCGGACAUCCAACAAUGUAAAGUUGGAACAGCUGAGCACCCUCGCUUCGAUUGUCCUCGCUCAUGCUUCGCUAUAUCCAGAGACUGCCUCCAGAUUGUCCUCUUUGCAGACCUUGCAUAUCCCACCGGCUGAGCACAGUUCCGAACUGGUAUCGUUGGUGCCCAAGCUUCGACAUUUAGAUCGAGAGGAGCAACGUUUACAGGAUGAGGCUCGGGAGCUGCGAGAGCGCAGUGCCAGAUGCCUAGAAUGGUGGGUCAAGGUGGGAGUAGUAGGAAUGGGGGAUGUAUGGCAAGACUGGGAGAAACGCAUGACAGACGUCGAGAGACACCUCAUACGUUGGGAACGACGAGCAAAGGAAGAGCAAGGAUAUCUUUGA